CCGUGAAGUUAACUUCGCAGUGCGAUGGUAGAGAGAACAGAAUUGUUUUCUUUGCAGUUCCACAUCUUGGUGAGCUGAAGGAAUCACUCUAAAGGAGAGGGGAGAAGCGUGUUAUCCCUCCUGCAGUUAAAGUCGGCUGUUGCAGCAAGGCAGUGUCAUGGAGGCUGGCUGUGGGGUUGCCGCGGUGAUCGGGAAUGCUGUCUCAGGACUCCAGGGAGAACCAGGAAGUGGUGACGUCCUUGAAGGGACUGUGGUACCCUGUCCUAGCCUGGGUGAAGACACAUCCCCCCUGGAGGGGAACAGAGACUCCGAUGUUCCAGCAGAGAAGCAGCCUUCAGAGGCACCCCCAUCCACGCGUCUGACCCACGCGGCACAGGCGAGGAGUGAUGAGGUCACAGAGCGUCCUGCCGAGGCCCCCCUGCGUUCCUGCGUCAGCACGGCCAGCAUGAAGGUCAAGAACAUGAAGAAGCUGACGUUUCCCAGAGGGCACUUUCCCAGGCUGGCAGAGUGUGCCCACUUUCACUAUGAAACUGUUGACUUUGGCAGUGUGCAGCUGUCCUUUGCAGAAGAGCAGAGUGAGGGGCAGAAGAGUGGUCUAGACUCCAAGGAGCUGCACUUCCUGGUCCAGAUAGGUUGCCAGAGCCGGAGUUGGUUGGUGAAGCGUUCUUAUGAGGACUUCCGUGUUUUGGAUAAACAUCUUCACCUGUGCAUAUAUGAUCGCCGUUUCUCCCAGCUCUCCGAACUGCCUCGCCUGGACUCACUGAGGGACACAGGAGAGACAGAGACCCAGAUGCUGUCAGCAUACCUGUGCCGUCUCUCUGUCAUUGCCGACAACAAGAUCAACUGUGGGCCGGUUCUCACAUGGAUGGAGAUCGACAACAAGGGGAAUCAUCUGCUGGUGGCUGAAGAGGCCUCCAUCAACGUACCUGCCAUCGCUGCCGCCCACGUCACCAAGCGCUACACUGCCCAGGCCACCGACGAGCUGACCUUUGAGGUCGGAGACAUUGUGUCUGUCAUCGACAUGCCUCCUAAAGAAGACACAGGCUGGUGGAGAGGGAAACAUGGCUUUCAGGUUGGAUUCUUCCCCUGUGACUGUGUGGAGCUGAUAAGUGAAAAGAUCCCCCACUGUGACUCCAGCUCUGUGCCUAAACCAGUGUGCAAGAAGCACGGGAAGCUGGUCACGUUUCUGAGGACCUUCAUGAAGUCUCGCCCUCCCCCUCAGAAGCUGAGGCAGCGUGGGAUACUCAGGGAGAGGGUGUUUGGCUGUGACCUGGGGGAACACCUCCUCAACUCGGGUCAUGAGGUUCCCCAGGUGAUAAGGAGCUGUACAGAGUUCAUAGAGAAGCAUGGGGUGGUCGAUGGGAUGUAUCGCCUCUCUGGAAUCUCCUCCAACAUCCAGAAACUGAGACAUGAGUUUGACUCGGAGCAGAUACCCGACCUGACGAGGGACGUGUUCAAGCAGGACAUCCACUCUGUGGGCUCCCUGUGCAAGCUGUACUUCAGAGAGCUGCCCAAUCCGCUUCUCACCUACCAGCUCUACGAGAGAUUCUCAGAAGCCGUGUCUGCAGCCACCGAUGAAGAGAGGCUGGUCAAAAUCCACAACGUCAUCCAGCAGCUCCCCCCUCCCCACUACAGGACCCUGGAGUUCCUCAUGAGACAUCUGUCCCACCUGGCCACGUUCAGCCCCAUCACCAACAUGCACACCAAAAACCUGGCCAUCGUCUGGGCACCUAACCUGCUCAGGUCCAGGCAGAUCGAGUCGGCCUGUUUCAGCGGGACAGCUGCCUUCAUGGAGGUACGGAUCCAGUCUGUGGUGGUGGAGUUCAUCCUCAACAACACUGAGGCACUCUUCAGCCCCAAACUCAACUCUGUGAUACGGGACAAUGCAGGCAACAACACUCUCUCCAGGCCCAAGUCUUUGAUGGUGAGCUCACCGUCCACCAAGUUGCUGUCCUUGGAGGAGGCCCAGGCUCGUACCCAGGCCCAGCUGGGUUCCCCAGUCACCACCCCCUGCCUGGCUCACAGCGACUACAUCGAGGUGGGGGAGGGGCCUGGGGCUCUGCAAGGCAGGUUCCACACCGUUAUUGACCUGCCCAUGGAAAGCAAGCGCACUCAGGGUAAAGGGAAGAAGUCUCCUGUGGGGAAUUGGCUGUCCUUCUUCCACCUGGGCAAGUCGUCCUCCGUGACCAAGCGCAAGUUGAAGAGGCACCCCAGCGAGCCCAAUGAGAUCAAGAGCAUGGCUCUGCCAGGUGGAAGAGGAGAUGGAGGAACACUGAGGUCUGCUAAAAGUGAAGAAUCUCUCACCUCUUUGCACAAUGUGGAAGGUGAGUCUCAGAGCUACCACCCCUCUCGCCCUCGCUCCACCAGCGACGCCCUCUCCGCCGCCUUCAAGGAUGACCUGCGGCAUGCCCGGGCCAAAGGCCAUCUCCAUAGCAACCAGACCGAGGAGGCUCAGAACAGCCCUGACACCGUCCGUGGCCCAGCAUGCACCUCUCCUCGGCAUCAAGAAGAGGAGCUUGACCUCUUCCCUCCUGACCCCGGCAUGUCCUCCCUGGACUUUGACCCCAUGUCCUUCCAGUGCAGCCCGCCCACAGCGUUUCCCGGCCCACAGCGGAAGGAAAGCGUCAAAUGGAGAAGGAGGGUAGGGGCUUCCAGCGAAUCAGAGCCCAUCUCAUCCGCCAACAACGCCAUCAGCAGCUGCCAGUCCCCUGAUGUCACUCCCGUCCGUGUGAAAGCCCCGCGUCCUCUCUCCCCCAAACUCAGACGCAAGUCCUCCAAAUCCCCCCCUGUGGUCGAGGCAGAUGUGCGGGUCGGACAGCCAAGGAGCUGCCAAGGUGCCGCCUCCCCCUCUCCCCCACCUGUCCCCUCCACCUCCCCCCCACGGGAGCUGCAUCAUGCUGCAGGGAGGGGGGGGAGAGAGCCCAGCCCCCCCAGCACCGUCAGCCAGGUCUCUGCCCUCACUGACAACAGCCAGGCUGCACAGAACCUGCCAGAACCAGGAGAUAGACUUGUGAGUUCAGUGUCUGUCCUUCCUCCUCACCCUCCGAUGACGAGUGCUGCCCGCCAGCUGGCCCUGGCCCUCGCCGAGUCUGCCCAGAAGGCCAGCAGCCGGAGCUCCACCAGGCGGAGCGCCCACACCCAGACACCCAGCUACUCUCCCCAGAGACAGGAGCCCCCGCUCAGGCAGGACAGAACACCUCGACCCUCUGUCCUCCAACUCCAUGCCCAGCCUCAGGAUUUCACCGAACCACCGAUCUCGGCAGCUGCUCCACUGUUAGCUUCGCCUAGCGUUCAUACAGACGGUCACAGCUGCUUCAUCCCUGCACAUGGUUUGCCUCUUCACCUCAGCCCAGAGACAAUACAGGGCCCUGAGAGAAACUUCACUUCUCCUGUGAGUCCAGUCCCGUCCGCAGGCCUGGAGGGGCCAGAGAGGGGCCAGAGAGAGGCCAGAGAGAGGCCUUCAGGGGCUGUGGGGCCUGUUCCGCCUCAUAUGGCGCCCAUCUACCACAGUCCCUCCGGGUCCGCUCCCGCCCCCAUUCCGAGCCCCACCCACCCUGACUUUGUCACAGCCUUUAACUACCGCUCAGUUCUGUCCGAGGCCUCCAUGCCGAAAUCCUUGGAGGAGGUUCUUCCACGUCCCUCUCAGCCUCCCUCUGCCCUCCGCUACAGCCCCGAGGAGGAGAGGGCUCUGGGGCUGGCCGAAGCCGAGGCCUACAGACACUACCGGGUCCACAACGCAGGGGUACCUCACUACCCCCGACCUGACAACCUGCCUCUCCACCUGGCUGGGCCCCAGGGCGUGUACAGCACUAUGGGUCUGCGAGACCGCCACCACCCCUCCUCCCCUCAGUACCGAGCCCCCCCCCGGAGCGAGCUGUCCCCCAGUGGUCUGCAUCGACCGCCGGGCCAGUGGCAGAGGCCGGAGGAUCGAGCUGUAGGCUACCCAGUCAUCCGCAGGGCGCGCUCCUUCCACGCUCCACAGCUCAGCCGCGUCCAGCUGGCCGAGACUGAGGUUGCGCCCCCAGAUACCAUGUUCUACGUCCAGGAAAAGCCAUACCCGUGGCUCGUCCAGUCAGACCUCCCUCCGGUCCAGCCCUACUUUGAGAAUGGCCGUGUCCAGUACCGUUACAGCCCAUACGCAGACGUCAGCCCUCCGGAGGAGUCCUACUACUAUGUGGACCCUUACCGGACCAAUCGGAUCAGACACAGCCAGUCCUACACCAUGCGCUCCACUCGAGACAGUGCACCUCCUGGGUACUAUCCGUACCCUUCUCACCUGGUCUCUCCUGUAGACAGGAAGGUCCUGAUGGAGAGCAGAGAUACAGUCAUCUAUGAGACCCGCCAACCUGAAGGCUUUGAUCGACUAGUUUAUCAGCCAAUCAGACAGGAGAACCGAACCAGGCAGAGGUCUCAGGGCCCUAUCAUGUCCCCCUACGAGAAGCUGGACCCUCCCCUCCCCCAGAGAGAAUACAGGGGCAGAGAUAUCAUGCACACCAGGAGCAGGUCAGAUCCAGGGAAUGCUUGCCUCCUCUCCAUCGACAGGGUAGACAGCCAGCAGGACACGAGGGCUGCGUCCCAAAACCCUCCAGGACACCAGGUGGCCGAGCCAGAUGUCACCAGACACCAGAGAGCUAACUGGCCCAGUGAGGAGCCAGCCCAGCCCAGGAGGGAGAGUGUCUCCAGGAGAAGCCAGUCCAGACAGGGCCCCUCCCAGCCCCAAAGAAGCCAGCCGCAGCUACGCAAGGUCCCCUCGCUGCAAGAGAGGAGCUGCUCCAACCUGAGGAGCUUGGAGCCGGGAGGGAGGAGCCAGAGCCGGGGGCGGGAGCAGGAGCGGGUGAUGAUGGGCAACGCUGUCAACAGCUACUCCCACUCAGCCAGGCCAAAGUCCGUCGUUCACAGGAGACCGGGGCGUUCUCAGAGCAUCAAGGAGCCCCGUCAUUUCCCCCACCACCACCACCACGCCACGUCCCCUCUGGAACCAGACCUCCCUGGCUCGUUCUCCACCCAGCCCAACAGAAGAACUCAGAGCACCAAAUCUAGACCAACACACUACGACAACCUGGAGGGGUUUUACCCAGCUUCCCAAGCCAAAGCCCCCAGGCCUGGUAAAGUCCUGGCUGGCCCGUUCCCUGCCCAUGGUUGCAUGUCUCCUCACAGCCACAGACUGCUGUCGAAAGCCUUGGGCCAUGGAGCUUUUCCACACUCGGGCCUGAGGCCAGAAGCGGGGGUCUAUGCUGAGUGAUUGUCCUGGCUCCUCUCAUCCUCACUCUGUUUGUGCCAGAGCACACCGCUUUGUUUUCAUACCUCACUAGAUUGCCGGGAUACUCAUAUGUAUAUAUAUGUAUAUACAUAUAUACAUAUAUACAGGGUGAAAUUAAAAUAUCAUAAGCUGUUAAAAAGACCACAGAGAAGUGGCAGUGAUUAGUGAUUUGCUCAGCUGGUGUUAUUUAUAUUGAGUAUGGAUGGAUGGCUGUCAUGUUUUGUGAGUAUGUGUCCAAAGGUUUGGGAGUACAGGGACAGGAUGGGGGUUUGUCAUUUGACAAAGAGUUCACAUGAUCUAACCCAGAGCAAAUGCCCUUUUAAUGUACCUUAUUGUUCAUGUUAAAGCAAUAAUAUUCUUAGCCAGAGUGUCUACCAAUAUUUAUUAUUGCUAAUGUAGUUGAUUUAGAUUAUUUUUAAAGGUUACUUUUAAAACAUGCACUUUCUAAGGGGUUACAGUAUCAAAGAUGGAUAUUCAAUUUAGACCUUUAUACAGCUCCUUUUUUGUUGCGUUUUUCUAACAAAUCCACUAAAGAUGGUGUUGGUUUAGUUAGCACGUAGGUUUUCUUUACUAAGUUCAAUAGGGGAUACUAAGAAAACAUCCACUCACACUUUUCAGUCACGCAACAAGCACUCAUAUUAUGAAUAGAUAAUGGACCAAGGAGAACUAUGACUACUGACGAUUGUUGUAUUGUUGUACUGUAUAUGCUUUCAAUGUGAAAGAACAGAUAAUAUUACGUGCUCUUUCCAUUAAAAGGAAACCCUUUCUUUACAGCUUUGUGGUGUGUCCUACAAUGCAUUUCUUUGUUUUAGUUUUAAUAACAUCAAAUCUUGAUUAUAUGCUUUGUCUUAUUGUGUUGUUUAAAGACACAAGGUAAUGUUAAUGUAAUUACUGCUAAGACAUUUUAAUGUUACUUUAUAUUUUGUAGGGGAUUGGAAAAUAAAAUCUUAUCCUAUAACAGUGGGGUUUUUUUUUUUAAUGUUUUCUCGAUUGGCUUUUAAAGUCUUGGAGAAAUGAACAAAGACGUCACUUCAAAGUGACACCCAUAGUCCUGUUAAUAGUGACCAAUGGAGGGCACUGUAGUAUC